UCGUCCCAUUCGGAUCUGGUCAGUAGAAAGAGGCUUCAUGAUUCUUCUGUGAGGCACGAGAGGCUAAGCUCAUCCGAAAGAAGGGAAACACGAAAACCCAGUGACCACAUUAAAGGGAAAAUAAGAUAAAAAUGGCUGCAAAGGGAACUGUCAAGGCUGUUGCUCUAAUCACCGGCGACAACAACGUCAGAGGCUCUCUUCAGUUCCUCCAGGAUGCCAACGGAGCUACUCAUGUCAAAGGGAAGAUCAUGGGCCUCUCCCCAGGUCUCCAUGGUUUCCAUAUUCAUGCACUUGGUGACACCACCAAUGGCUGCAAUUCCACUGGCCCACAUUUCAAUCCACUGAGUAAGAAUCAUGGAGCUCCUUCUGAUCAAGAGCGGCAUGCGGGUGACCUGGGAAACAUAUUUGCUGGCCCCGAUGGAAUUGCUGAGAUCUCCAUCAUGGAUAAGCAGAUUCCUCUAAGUGGCCAGCAUUCAAUAUUGGGAAGGGCAGUUGUUGUACAUGCUGAUCCUGAUGAUCUUGGUAAAGGUGGGCAUGAACUUAGCAAGACAACUGGAAAUGCGGGUGGAAGAAUCGGAUGCGGUAUCAUUGGGCUUCAGUCAGCUGUUUAGGUGUGGUCUAUUGCAUCCAAGACUGGAUCAAAGCUUUGCUGGUUGGUCUAGACAGGAGGAUAUCUGGAAACACGGUAGAUUUGAUGUGGAUGGACUUCCCUGGUCUAGAUUUCCUUUAGAAAAAUUAAGUGCAUGUCAUAUAGGAUCCCCCCCUCCCCUCCUUCCUUUCUCUCUAUAUAAUGGUUCAACAGCCCCUAUCAAAGUUUCUCAAGAUCACAAUGCAGAACCAAGAGAGCAAAUGUACGAUCAUUUUACCUUUUUUUUUUUUCCAUUCUACAUACUCAUGAUUUGCUUAAAAUCUGAGUCUGCUUUUGCCAUUAAAGGCCUAUGUGGAAAGAUGAACUUUUGAUAA